CAUUUCGCAGUCAAGCAGCUUCAUCUUGAAACUCAUGAAGAGUAUGCGAGAGAAGUGGAGCUUUUUGAAAGACUAGGAGUGGGAUCAAGAGGUCCAGACCCUGACCAUUUGAUCCAGCUUCAGCUCACAUAUAAAUAUGGCCAAUCUUACUAUCUGGUCUUUCCUUGGGCGGAUGGUAAUUUGAGGGAAUUUUGGAGCAAAACCAUCGCCAACCCAGGGAGCAAAGCUGAGGUUGUCUGGUUUCUAAGCCAAUGUUCAGGCCUUGUCCGCGCCCUUCGAAGAAUUCAUAAUCUGAGGACUAUGUCCAAAGAUGUCUUGCUUGACAACAAACACUGGGGUCGGCAUGGCGACAUCAAGCCAGAAAACAUUCUUUGGUUCAAGAAAUACGAAGAGUCGCGUCGCAACUUUCUUGUAAUAUCUGAUUUUGGGUUAACUCGAUUCAACACUGCCGAUUCCAGGUCCAAAGUCGCUUAUGACGCAGUCAAGGGUUUCUCGGGAUCUUAUCGGCCUCCCGAUGUGGAUCUAAAAAGAACGAUAUCGCAGAGGUAUGAUAUCUGGUCCCUGGGUUGCGUCUUCCUCGAAUUCGUAUCGUGGUUUCUUGUCGGCCACGACCGAACACAGAAAGAUUUUACAGACUCUCGACUCCAAGAAGAUGGCUCGCAUACUGGAUCGAGGAUUCUUCUUGAAGAUAAGUUCUUCAACUUCAAUCCAAGUAAAGAUGAUGCAGCCUCGACAGCUGAUGUAAAGACAUCCGUCACUGAUGUAAGUAGUCCCAACGAAGCCGUCGCUCUCCUAGUGAUGUAUGCCUACCGCGGUCUUACUUAA